AUGUCGGUCGACGAAGAGAGCAGAAAGCGUGGCAGAAAGCGGACGCCGGAUGAGGCUGAGCUUGAGAUUGAUGUGAAUGCGCCCGAGCCUCCAUCUAAGAAGGCAUUGAGAAAGGCCAAGAAGCAGAAGACCACAGAUCCUGGAGAGGAACCAGAGCCAGCACAACAGCAAGUCAAUGCAGAAGACGUCGAUCUCAAGCGUCUCAGUGGACUCGAAGGCGAACGGUCCAAGUAUGGCGUCUGGAUCGGUAAUCUCGCAUUCACGGUUGGCAAGCGAGAUGUGUACAAGUUCUUGACCGAGAACGCCAAACAUCCUAUUCCAGGCGACCAGAUCACGAGACUACACCUGCCCUCUGGUCGCGAUUCCAGAGCUCAGAACAAAGGAUUCGCAUAUGUCGAUUUUAAAGACGAGCAAUGGGUUGCCACUGCAGUACAACUCAGCGAAACUCUGUUGACUGGGCGUCCAUUGCUCAUCAAAGAUGCCCACAACUUUCAAGGGCGGCCCGAAACUUCCAAGACGAAAGCUUUCCAAGAAGCGCAGGCCAAGCCGCCAAAUCGAAGGAUAUUCGUCGGCAACCUGCCCUUCGACGUGACGCGGGAAAGCCUCGAGAAACACUUUGGACACUGUGGAACAAUUGCCAAGACUCAGGUUGCGACAUUUGAGGAUUCUGGCAAAUGUAAAGGCUAUGCUUGGGUGGAGUUUGAAGACAUUUCCUCUGCUGAGACAGCUAUGCGCGGACAGGUCACAAUCGAUGCUCCGAGAGCACCAACCGGCAAGAAGACCAUCUACCUAGGUCGCCUGGGAGAUUCAAAGCUCAGAAUGGAGUUCGCUGAGGAUGCGACCACCCGGUACAAUAAGCGCUUCGGGAAGACACCCAAGGAUGACGAACAAGAAGACAACCAGGGUAACAAAGGCCUGCCGCCCCGGUCCACGGAUACGUUCCAGAAGCGAAAAGAAAAAACGUGGAAACGUGGUGACGCGGGCCAUAGAAGCAAUGAAAGGCGGUCACAGAAGCACGAGAGCGAAUCGCGAUACGGCACUGACACGGUUCAGAAAUUAACUGGUGCAAUUGUUGAAUCCAAGGGAAAGAAGGUGACAUUCGACUGA